AGCUCACGGCGCCGGAGAGGAGAAGGGCAGGCGGGGUGGGAAGGGAAUGGCGCGAUGGAAGCUUCCGGACCUGACGACCGAGCUCCCCCUUUCGCUGAUGCUAGGGGCCAGGCGUCCGAGGCCUGCUGUCCCUCUGACUUCUCACUAGUCACAAGAGUGUAUCAUCGUCAUUACAUUUCGAGGAUUUUCAACAGUGUUUUAACUUUUCUACCUUUGCACAGUUAUAAACUUGCAGUGAAAGGGCAAACAAUGCGAUGACAUUGAAUAUAAACAGUAGCUUGUAAAUGUAAAUGACGAGCAGUAGCCUGCCGGUAGAAUUAAAUGGCAACAACAUGAUCCACGAUCCAUGAAGUGAAUCCAUAAUCCUUGACACCCGUACCAAUCUAGAAUCUGUCAAUCUACACCUUAAAAAUACCCAUUGAUUUGUCCUCCACAGCAGUCUGUGGCAAUGAAUUCCACAGAUUCACCACCCUCUGAGUAAAGAAAUUCCUCAUCAUCUCAUUUCUUAAGAUUUUGGAUUAAGAUAAAGUUUAUCAAGUAACCAUGGAUUUUCAACAUCGACCAGGAGGAAAGACUGGGAGCGGCGGGGUCGCUUCCUCUUCCGAAAGCAAUCGAGAUCGAAGAGAGCGGCUGAGACAGUUAGCGUUGGAAACCAUUGACAUAAAUAAGGAUCCUUAUUUUAUGAAAAAUCACUUGGGUUCUUACGAAUGUAAACUUUGCUUAACUCUUCACAAUAAUGAGGGGAGUUAUUUGGCCCACACACAAGGAAAGAAGCACCAGACUAAUUUGGCACGACGCGCAGCGAAAGAGGCAAAGGAAUCACCAGCACAGCCAGCACCUGAGAAGGUUAAAGUGGAGGUGAAGAAAUUUGUCAAAAUUGGUCGGCCAGGCUACAAAGUGACCAAACAAAGAGAUUCAGAAGUGGGACAGCAAAGUCUCCUUUUUCAGAUUGAUUAUCCAGAAAUCGCAGAAACUGUAAUACCACGCCAUCGGUUUAUGUCUGCGUACGAACAACGAAUUGAACCACCUGACAGACGCUGGCAAUACUUGUUGUUUGCAGCUGAGCCAUACGAGACCAUUUCCUUUAAGGUACCGAGUAGAGAAAUUGAUAAAGUUGAGGGGAAGUUUUGGACACACUGGAACAGAGAAACAAAACAGUUUUUCCUUCAGUUCCACUUCAAGAUGGAAAAGCCUUUACAGCCACAAUCCUUGCCCAUUGGACCCCCUGGACUGAAGACCAGACCACCGCCGCCACCGAUCAUCAAUGGCAUGCCACCAAGGGGCCCCAUGCCGCCAGGCGCAAUGCCAACUCCGCGACCGGCAGGCAUGCCCAUGCCGCCAAUGCCACCUGGUGGCCCGGUGCCACCACAAAUGCCACCAGCUCCACAGGGACCACCACCCACUCCCCAGGGACCUCCCCCGACCCCGCAGGGUCCACCCCCGACCCCACAGGGACCACCCCCGACCCCGCAGGGACCGCCCCCGACCCCACACGGAAUGCCCCCGACCCCACAAGGACUGCCCCCACAAGGCAUGCCCCCACAAGGCCCACCCCCACAAGGCAUGCCCCCACAAGGCCCUCCUCCACAAGGCCCGCCCCCACAAGGUCCUCCUCCACAAGGCCCGCCCCCACAAGGGCCCUCCCCCUCAAGGCCCACCCCACAAGGCCCGCCCCCUGUUCAGAUCCUGCCCCCAGCUCCGCAAGGCCCGCCCCCGGCUCCGCAGGGCAUGCCUCCAGCUCCAAUUUCUGCUCCGAUUCCCACUCCGGUCUCUGCUCCAAUGCCCAUGAUCCACGUUCCGGGUCCGUCCCCUGUUCCAGCUCUACCGCCAAUGUUAAGGCCUCCGCUCCCCAGUGAGUCUGUACAAAUUGUGGCACCUCCUAUUCCUCUCCCACCCCCUGGUAUGCCCCCUCCUCCUAACUGAACUUUACAUCAAUAUAACUUUUGUAGAUUGGCCUUUAAUUGUUAAUUUGGUAGUAUCUAUGUGUCUUGCAAAUGUACAAUACUUUGCGAUACUUCACCGACCAUUAAAUACAUUUUACAGCAA